UACUGUUUUCCAUCGUGUAAAGAACGUGCGUACGCACAUACAUAGUACAUAGCUGAAUGCCUCUCUCUCUCUCUCUCUCUCUCUCUCUCUGUGUAAACUUUUCAGUGCCUGUUUCCUCUUCAUGCUCUCUCUAUCUAUCUAUCUCUGUACACUUUAUCUAAGCCCUCUUCUUGGAAAAGAAAGCAAGGUCUGGUCUUUUUCCAAUAUCUAGUUCAGGUUUCUUCAUGCGAUUAGGACUUGGAGUCUGUAGUAAUGGGUUUUUCAAAGCUCACUUGGGUUUUAUUCUGCAUCUACUCUUCUUCAACUCCAAGCUUUUUUUAAUGGUGUUUUAUUGUUACUACUUCGUAUCAAACUUCUCACUUCUCUUCUUGGUUUUACCGUUUACAGCUUAGAUCGUUUUUUUUUUUUUUUUGAACUGCAGUUUUUGCGUUACAAGGCCCAUAGGGCAAAGAUCUUGCGAUCUUAUUCCUAAUACAUUAAUACUUAUAUUGUAUUAUUUCUAGCUUUAGAACAGCAAGACGAAGAAAACAAGAUCAGUACUAACUGUAUUUUUCUGUCCAAUUCUCUCUCUCUCUCUCUCUCUCUCUCUCUCUCUCUCUGUGGAUUAUUGGGCUUGCAGUACUUCUUGGUGGCUCUUCUUAAGUCUUCGUGCUUGAAGAGAUUUGCCCGACUCACUUUGGUUUCGGGUCUUUUGAUAUGCCCGAAGAUAUUGCUGAUCUUAGUGGCUUGCUCAGCUGGAUCACCAGGUUAAAGUUCUCUUGAAAAAGUUCUGGUCGUUUCAAGAUCAGUCAAGCUUUUGCUGUUUCAAUUCAAGAUUGAUACUUAUUAGCACCGUCUUCUGCAUGUGUCAACACCCAUGGAGGAUUUGUAUAGGCUUAAUCCUACUAUAGGGUGUUCAGAUGAUAUUGUUACAGUUGAAAAUUUCCCUUCAAACUUCACUGCUUCUACGACUACUACCACUGCUAAUCACGAAUUCUACACUUCAGUUGGUAAUUUACUUCAAUUUCAAGCGGGUAAUCAUGCUGAAGUUUUUGAAUCACAUAUGGUUGAUCUAAACAAGACCCAGAUCUCCAAUCACCCUCGUUAUCCAGACCUAGUGUCUGCCUACAUAGAAUGCCGAAAGGUUGGUGCACCACCAGAAAUGGCGUCUCUUCUUGAACAAAUAGGCAGAGAGAACUAUUCAAUCAAGAGUUGCAGCAGCGAAAUAGGAGCUGAUCCAGAGCUCGACGAGUUCAUGGAAUCAUAUUGUGAGAUACUCCAUAGAUACAAGGAGGAGCUAUCAAGGCCGUUCGAUGAGGCGACUACAUUCUUGAGCAACAUAGAAUCACAACUGAGUAAUCUUUGUAAAGGAACACUGACAAAAACCUUUGAUUAUGGCUCUGAUGAAGCAGCAGGAACUUCAGAGGAGGAGUUGAGCUGUGGUGAGGUUGAGGCAUCAGAAAGUCAAGAAUCUUCUGGUGGCCGUUCUCAUGAUCAGGACCUUAAAGGAAUGCUCUUGCGCAAGUACAGUGGCUAUCUUAGUAAUUUGAGAAAGGAGUUCUUAAAGAAAAGAAAGAAAGGCAAACUACCGGAGGAUGCAAGGAUGAUUCUUUUGGACUGGUGGAGUAAUCAUUACAAAUGGCCAUAUCCUACGGAAGAGGAGAAAGCGAAGUUAUCAAAGAUUACUGGACUAGAUCAAAAACAGAUAAACAACUGGUUCAUCAACCAGCGGAAGCGGCAUUGGAAGCCAUCUGAAGAUAUGAGAUUUGCUCUUAUGGAUAGUGUCAGCAGCAGCAUGGGAGGGCAUUCCUACUUUGAUGCUGGAGGUGGAGCUACAGGGGACUGACAUUUGAUCUUUUGGUUUUAAUUAAACUAUCCUCAUCUUCUACUCACAUUAUUAAAGCAAAUUUAUCUGAAAAUUUUCUUUUUUGUAAUAUUUUUGUGGAACAUGCAUACAUGUAAAGUUAACUACGUACAAGUCAUAUGCUACCAUAAUCAUUUGGUUUCAUUUUUAUGUCA